UCGGAGUUUUUAAAAACUGUUUUUAUAAUACCAUCUGGUUCAGGCAAAUAUAGAAGACAUUAAGACUGUGCAAGUUGUUAAAUGAGAGGAAACAUAACAAAGUGCCUCAUUUAGAAUAAAAUAAGUGAUCGUGUGUCUCUGAAGUGUGCAAGUGAUCAUCUGUGACGCCGCUGUGGCAGCAUGUUGCCUCCUGUGAAGAAGGAACGAAUCAUCACGCACCUCCCAAAGUGUUUUAGUCCAAAUGCAGCUUUGCACACCAAAGAAAGCUUCCACCCACAAGUGAGAGCUGCCUGCCAGAUUCAGAAGACAGAUGGUGUGAGCUUUAAUAUCGCCAAAGUCAUUGUAGUGGGAGACGUUGCAGUCGGGAAAACCUGUUUAAUCAGCAGGUUUUGUAGAGGAGGGUUUGAUAAGAACUACAAAGCCACCAUCGGGGUGGACUUUGAGAUGGAGCGCUUCGAGGUUCUUGGUGUUCCCUUCAGCUUGCAGCUGUGGGAUACAGCAGGUCAGGAACGCUUCAAGUGCAUCGCCUCAACGUAUUACAGAGGAGCACAAGCUAUUAUCGUGGUGUUCGACUUAAGCAGUCUGAACUCAUUAGCACAUGCCAGGCAGUGGCUGGAGGAUGCCAUGAGGGAAAACGACCCGUCCAGUGUCUUACUGUUCCUCGUCGGUACCAAGAAAGACCUCAGCUCGCCUGAUCAGUUGGCUGAGGUAGAACAGGAAGCUAUCAGACUCUCUGAGGCAAUCAAAGCCGAGUACUGGGCUGUGUCUGCAAAGUCAGGAGAUGGAGUCAGGGAUCUUUUCCUGCGUGUGGCUUCUCUGACCUUUGAGGCGAAUGUCCUGGCAGAGCUGGAGAAGAGUGGGUCGAGACGCGUUAAGGAUAUAAUCAAGAUCACAGACGGCUCAGAGGCCCAUCAGAACCCAAACAGGAAGGCCAACUGUUGUUGAGACGAUCAAACACCUGUUUUAACCAAAUGAUGAACGGACUGAAGCUGUUAGACUCAUUGGACCAGUGCGGAUACCCCGAGCAGGACUGCUUGAAGCGGUGGCAGCUACGCAUGCUGUCUUUGUGGGAUUCCAACAAUUUCAGAAAAUACUUUACGUGAUUGAAGUUGGAGCACCAAUAUAAAGAAUCCCAUUGAGUCUGUAAACAAGCCUGCAAGCAGAAUGACUCAAGCCGUGUUUUCUCUGAAAGUUUACCACAGAUCAGAUCUGAAACAAAAAAUUAUUUGUCACAUUUCCCGAAAAUUUAACUGCACUUCACAAAACAUUGCCUGUAUAAACAGAAACCAGUAGUUUCUCCUGUUAGUGUGGACUUUGAGAAUAUCCUCCUCUGCAUCUUUUUUUCCCCUCUGCUGACCUCGGGUCAUGUGUCUGUGUGCUGGCUAAUGUGAUGCAUACCUCGGAUCAAAUGACCAUCAUCAUUCCCAUCAUCCCCCCUUCUUCUCUGACACUGAGCUCAUAUGAUGCGGGAAUGGUGGGAUUAUUAGCUGGGAAUCGAGAGCGGGAAGAAAAGCAUGAGUGCAUAAAAACAGACUGGCCCAAAUUUUUAUUCAUACUAGUUGAUUUUUUUUUUUUUUUAACUAAUUUACUUCUAUUUAUACGGAAAUGUAAUCAUAUUUGUUAGAAAAGAUCAAAAUUAUGGCCAAGUAUUAAAUGGUAUAAAAUAAACAGAUUUUUAAUUAACAUGUAUUUUGAUUUUUGCUCUUAUAAAUGAAAUAAACAAUUGACAUUAUGGGAAUCAAGCCUCACUAAAUAUUAUUGAUCUAAUAUUUAUCACUCAUAGUUCAAUCAAUCAAUUUAUUUUCGAUUAUUUUAAGCUAUGAGGCUUACUGUAACUGUAUAUCUUUUUCAGAAAGCACUGAAACGGUUUUUGUAAUUCUUGGUACACUUGAAAAUGAAAAUUAACUACAUUAAAAAUAAUUUGGUUAAUAACAUGACAAAACAUGAACUGUGAGAUUUUAUUGAUACUGCCAUAGAAGAGAAUUUGCUGGAAAUCAGAGCAUAGAAAAAUGUCUGAAGGAUUUAUUACAUUUAACAGUCAAUCAGUGGUUUGAGACUGAAAACAUUCUCUAAUAUCACAGAUAUGAGGUUUUAUCCCAGUUUACUGGAUUAUAAUGAUGUUUCUGUUUUGUUUCAAUAUAGAAGCAGGACUACAAUCCUGUUCCUUACAAAUGUUAAGUUUUGUUGACGUAAUAAAUAAAUGCAUUUUAAUCCCACGAAAUAGAAAAAUUUAUUAGGUGUCAUUUAAUCUAGUCUAUGACCUUAAUAUUUGGCCUGGAUUCUUUGUUUAAAUUACGGCAUCAAUGCCGCCAUAAAAGAGAAGCUGGUUAGGAACCCCAUGGUGCUUUAAAUAUAGAAUUUGGUGUUUCUUACCUUUAUCUCAACAAUAAACCAGAUAUUCACUGAGGAAUUUAGAUCAGGUGAGUCUUUUGUCCGAUAAAGCACUGCAAUGUGGUCAAGGGGGGCAAAUGCCCUGCAAAUACAUGAGACAGCAAAUUCAAAAAGUUUUGUUAAUAUAAAGAUUAGAUCAGAACACAUUGAAAUGUGACUUGCAAGCACAACAAUUAUACUAACACAUGUAAUUCGGAAAACAGUUCGGCCACAGACCCUAAAGGGGAUGCUUAGAGAAAUAAAAAAAUAAAAGAUUGAAAGGAAAAAGUACCAAAUGUUUGCAAGUCAGACAUCUUGUCUAUGUUAUUGCUACAGAUCUUGUCCUUAGACAUUGGCUGAUGCUAAACUCUGCAACUUAUAGCUCCUACCUCUGGAUCCUGGGUCCUAUCGCUUUACAUUUUGCAGGAUCUAGGGUAGAAAAGGAACUUCUUACAGAAUGUCACAACACGACGGACAGGCGCAUGGGGGAUGCU